AUGACGUGGAAGUGUAACAGAUGGAUCCAACACCAGCAGGCAGAAGUUCAGGCACAAGUUCAAACUCGAGCUCAGGUACAAACUCAGGUUGAAAAUCUGGCUCAAACCCAGGUUCAAACCCAGGUACAGCUUCAGCCACAGGUCGAGGCACAAGCUCAGGCACAAGCUCAAACCAAUGCCCUCCCGUCCAAGCCGAAGGCAGGAGUUCCCAUAUACAAAGCAACUAUCACAGAACUUGCGCAGCCAAGCCAAAUGAAACCCGCCACCGCCACAAUCCUCAACGACGAUCCGGCCAUCCAGAGAAUAAAAAAAUGUCUCAGCCGUGCAAAUCACCCAGGCACCCCUGAAUUUGAAGCUAAAGCUGCACUGCAUAUGGCGUCCCGGCUGAUGGCCCAGCAUAAUUUUGCGGGGCAAAGUAUUGUGGCAAUCAGACGUUCUGACGGAGAUCGCCAUAAGAUUGUGAGGAUUCAAGGUUAUAUCGAUUGCCUCGCCGACGCUAUUACGACGUUCUUCAAUUGCAAGCAUUACAGUGAACGCGUAUACGGCCCUGUGAAUUUUAUCUUUUACGGAUUGGCUGACAACACGGUUGCUGCUGCAACUGCUUUCGAGAUGGUUUACAAUCUCAUGACUACUUGGGCUUUGAAAUACCCAGGACAAGAUAGAACUAGCUAUCUCCUUGGCGUUUGUGAGACAUUAAGAAAAACGGCCGAGAAAGAAGCAGUUGACGAAGUCGAACGAGCGAAGGAGGCAGAGAAAGACGCGGUCAUGACUCAGCCACCACUCGAAGAAACACAGAGGCAAGCAAAUAUGGACCGAACAUGGCUGACCAAUGAUGCAGCCGAAGUGAUUUUAUCUCUGGAAAGUCCAGAGACCACCCCUUUGGCAGGCUUCACAGAUGGUGUUUCCGUUGAGUCUUCGCACGACGAUCAGAACGCAGCUGCAACGGUACACUCCGAGGCUGUCAACGGCGAUGAAAACGACGACGGUAUUGACGGGUGCAUUGAACCUGACUUUCAUACGGAAGCCAGUAGCAGGAUAGAUCCAUCAAUGGACAUUGACGAAGAGAUACACCGACUUGCUAGCAUCACAAAGCACCCCCCCCAGCAACUAAACGCCGAAUUUGUCACAUCUUCUCGGCCAUCCAACUUGGGCCAAGACUCCACAGUGAAGCCCCACAGAGAGGAGCCUGAUGGCGUUUAUACAAAGCAUCACACGCAAGGAUCCAACGACCAGUCCGCACCGAUUCCCCCGCUCAACAAUGAGGGCACAUGGAAGUCUCACAUGCAGCUCGUUGUCUUUCGCAAGUCGGCCGAGAACAUCGCAGAUGACUAUCUCAAGAAUCAAGGCACGAAGCUCGUCGCCGGAAAAUCGAGAAGUCGCCGUGUGCACAACAUGACUGCUUAUCGCCAGGGCUCUCAAGACAGCAAGAAAAUCGAUGUUCGGAGGAGGAUGAUCAGCUGA